AUGCUGUAUCCCGGCUGUGUCCAUGGGACCUGCAACAUGCCAUGGCAGUGUAACUGUGAGAGGAACUGGGGAGGUCUACUGUGUGAUAAAGAUCUAAAUUACUGCGGUCAACACCAGCCUUGUGUGAAUGGAGGGACCUGCAUGAACCCUGAACCGGACGAGUACUUCUGCACCUGUCCACAGGGAUACUCUGGAAAGACCUGCCAGAUUGCUGAGCACGCCUGCACGUCCAUUCCCUGUGCUAACGGUGGGACUUGUCAUGAAGUGGACACAGGAUUUGAGUGCCAGUGUCCACCAGGCUGGGAGGGUCCCACCUGUGCUAACAAUUUGGACGAGUGUGCCUCCAAUCCCUGUACUGAGGGAGGGACCUGUAUCAACCUGGAGGACGGCUUUGAGUGCAGGUGCCCUCCACAGUGGGAGGGGAAGACAUGUCAGAUCGACAUAAAAAACAGAGAAAAAAAGAAAAAAAGUGUCUGGUCGGGGGAAGGCCCGUGCAUUCCCCGCUCCCUAUGGGAGACGGGAGUCAUUCCCCUACCCUAACCCUAACCCCUAACCCUAAACCUAACCCUAGCUCCAACCCUAACCCUAACUCUAGCUCCAACCCUAACCCUAACCCCUAACCCUAACCCUAACCCUAAAACUGGUGCAGCGCCACCUCUGGUCCAAAGCGGUAUGACACCCUUUUUUGCGAAGUCACCCUCAAACGACAGGAAAUGGCCUCAAACGUGCUCACAAUCCAUUUUGAACAUUUCAAUACAAGGUCAAACACUUAGAAACACUGACUUUUGCCAUUUUCCGCUCCCAUUCAUUUUCAAUGGGAAAUUUUCAUUUCGCCAUAACUUUUGAUAGGAAUGUCCGAUCGCUGGUUCAUUAGUAUUUCUAGAUUCAGCAUACCCAAAAAUGGGGGGGUAGACCAAAUCUCAGGCCGGUUCAUCAUUGGGAAAGGCAAUGAACCGGAAUGUCAAAAGUGGCACAUACCCCUAUACCCUAACCCCUAACCCUAACCCUAAUCCAAACCCCCUAUACCUAACCCUAACCCUAACUCCAACCCUAACCCUAACCCCUAGCCCUAACACUCACCCAAACCUUAAACUGGUGCAGCGCCACCUCUGGUCCAAAGCGGUAUGACACCCUUUUUUGCAAAGUCGCCCUCAAACCACAGGAAAUGGCCUCUAACGUGCUCACAAUCCAUUUUGAACAUUUCCAUACAAAGUCAAACACUUUGGCAUUUUCAAUUUUUUUUCCCCAUGCAUUCCUAUGGGAAAAAAAUCAACUUUUUUUAGGAACGUCCUAGAGACUCGGGAGUUGGUUCGUUGGACUCAGAAAAAUUCUCCACCCCCCCAAAGUGCAAGUUUCAGCGCUCUACAACCUUCCGUUCAAAAGUUACCAAGGGGGUGGGUCACCUCCAAACCCCCUAUACCCUAACCCUAACCCUGACUUUCUGAGGAAAGUGAUUUCUCAGCACCUUUCCUUGUCACUUGUAAGGAAACAAGGGUGCAGUUUCUUGCAAAGGCUGUAAUUACACACACUCAUCUCUGGAUGUGUUUGUGUGUGUGGACCCAAAGCCUGGAGGACCCAGAGGGUGUCCCUCACCUCACCGACAGACCACAGUUUGUGAGGCUUAAGAACUGUGUGUCUGACAUGGUGGUCUGCAGCAUUGGGGCUCCACAGGAGACAAAGCUCUCCCCCUUCCUCUUCACCCUGUACAGCCCCCGUGCUUCAGAACUGUGUGUCGGUCAUGGUGUUCUGCAGCACAGGGGCUCCACAGGGAACAGUGCUCUCCCCCUUCCUCUUCACCCUGUACACCUUGGACUUAAACUACAACUCUGGGAGCUGUCACCUCCAGAAUUUCUCUGAUGACACAGCCAUCAUCGGACUCUGCUCAGGACUUUCUAUGACUCUGUGGUAGCAUCUGCACUUUUCUAUGCAGUGGUCUGCUGGGUGGCAGGGAACACCGAGAGGGACAAGAAGAGACUGAACAGACUGGUCAGGAGGGCCGAUUCUGCCCUGGACUGCUCUUUGGACUCCCUGGAGGAGGUGGGUGAGAGGAGGAUGUUAGCAAAGCUUGUAUCCAUCAUGGACAAUCCCUCUCACCCACUGCACCAGACUGUGGGGGCUUUAAGCAGCUCCUUCAGCAGCAGACUGAGACUCCCACCUGAGACUCCCACCCUGUAAACUGGACUCACGCCCUAAUCUAUUUAAUCCUUGGCUUUUAAUACAUUGUAGUGAUAUUUUGUUUGUUGUCAUCUCAGCACUUGCCAUGAGUCUGCUUAUUUAUAUAUUUAUUUAUUUUUUGCAUUAAUGUAUUUUUGCUCGCUUUAUCUUGUUCUUUGUUUUAUUUGUUUUUAUGUCUCAAUGUACAGCACUUUGGCUACCCCCAUAGAAAUAAAGUUGAUUGAUUGGUUGAUUGAUAUUUAACAUUUAUGUACAGUUAUUUAACCAUGACCAUCCUGAUACCUCAUCAUCUGUUGUUCAUCUCCUUAUUUAUUCAUUCAUCUAGUGUUUUUUUUUUUUUUUUUCCGGUACUUAAAUUGUGUAUAUUGUAUAUAGUUUUAUUUAUUUCUCCCUUUUUCCUUUUCUAAAUUUUUUCUUCAUUGUAACAUUUGAGUUCUUAGUAUUUCGAUCAUUAUUCUUAUAACUGCAUUUUUGCACUUUCUUUGUCUGUGUUGCUGCUGCGGCAAAAAAAUUUCCCCCAGGGGGGAUCAAUAAAGGAAUAUUCUAUUCUAUUCUAUUCUAUUCUAUUCUAUUCUAAAUAAAGUGGAUUGGAUUGGUUUGACGCAUCCUGUCUAUCUAAAGUUUAAACAUCAUAGUGACCUUUGCUCUCGCCAAUUGAUCCUGCUUGGUUGGUAACAAAGACACAAUUGCCAUGAGCCUGGCUGUGUUAAAGGUCGAACUAGUUUUAACAGGGGGUACUUUGGUGGACAUUGAGCUCUGAAAAUACUGAACUGAGUUGAGUUGAGUUUGAACAGAACGUAGGUGCAGCCAAUCCAAAAAACAAACAAACAAAACAAAACAAAAAAAAAAAGCUUCAGUUGAUCCAGCCCCUAAAACAGGCAGCUUUGGAAAUAUUUAUUAACUUCAAGCACUUUUUGUAAGAUUCUGGAAAGGGUGUUAAUCUGUUAAAGUGGGAUGGGGGGUUAAGAAAACAAUCUAAUUUUUAUUUAUGAAAGUUAGAAACUUACUGUUAAGUUUCCUUUUUGUUUACAGUUAAGUUUCCUUUUAUUAGUAUUUUAUUUCUUUUUUUUUUUUGAAAAAACAAAUAAAUAUCUAAAAAACUAUAAUUCAUUGAAGCCACUCAAACACGAGUGGCUACCUGGAUGGCUGGACAGAAGUACGGCAGUGCUUCCGCCAGCCCUUUUGGCACCAGAGGAGCAUGUCUGGUUUGGGGAAGGCCCUACCCUGCUCCCUAUGGGAGAUGGGAGACAUCCCCCUCACCUAACCUGGAGCGACUUCCCAAUGAGGACAAACCUAGCCUUUGUAGGAAAUACUAUUAAGGAGGUUUUGCAUUUCAACUAUUUUUCUGGCUUGUCAACGUUGUGUGGUUUUUCUGUGAAGCCUUUGUGAAGCCAGCAUACAGUGAACAGCUCCAGAUAAGACAUAUGUCAAGCGGUCGGCCUUUGGGUUACUGCUUUUCUUCUUUCUUACUUCAGUUCUUACCACCUGGAUCAGAAUAUUUCAGCAUUUCAAAGCUGAGUGGGGAGAGGUGGGAGACUACCUGUCCUGGACCACAGAAUGUUCUUUUGUAAUUUAAUUGUAAGCUUUGGUGAUAAAGUGUGGUCUCUCAAACUGAAUUUGUUGUUUCGAUCCAGUUGACAGAGUAAUCACAGUUAACCUCUUCAAGAGCUCAGUGCUUUUACUGAGAAUUCAUCUGUUCAGUUUAGAAGAUCCCAUGGUUUUAGUGAUCUUGUAAAGGAGACAAUAUUAUCUACCAAAACACAAUUUAAACAGUAAUUUCUGAAACAAUUGUAUGCAUUAAGAUUUGAAAUAAAUGUCAAGUUUAACAAUUUUUAUUGUCUUGACUAAAAAUUUUUAAGAUUUCUGUAUUGUUGUGCACAGACAUCUGUUUUACUCAUGAAUGAUUAAUAAAAAAAAAAAACAGUCAAUGGUAAAAGAAAAAACAAAACAAAAAAAACUACAGUGGCACCAAUCCACAAAACCAGACGGGGUCGAGGGGGAGAGGGGACUUCAGGGGAUGGACCGUGCACCUCCAGUCCCCUAUUUUAAGGGUGCACAGUCCCCUAUCCCCAAAAUCCUAACCCUAACACUUGGGAAAAAUCUUUCAAGGUCCCAUUCACUUGUGAGGGGGAAUUGAAAUCACCAUAUCUCGGGAACGGAGCGUCGCAGUGACAAGCUGUUGGCAUGGCUGUGUUCAGCGGGGUUGACAAUGCUGGGAUACACUAAGUUUCUUGAUCUUGGACAAGUGUCUGAGCUCUGGGACCGAUUGCAAAGGUGCACCCAGGGGUGCAAACCCCCAUUUAUCCCCUAACCCCUAACCCUAACAACCCUAACCCAGGGCUAACCCUAACCCUGACACUAUGUUAACCCUAAAACUAACCCUUGGGGGUUAAUCUAUAAAUAAAUAAAUAUAACCCUAACCCUAGGAAGACCCACUAAAAUGUGUCGCAGAAGGAAACCAGAAAGCUCUCCUUACCCUAACCCCUAACAAUAACCUUUAACCCCAACCCCAACCUCUAACCACAUGCGACAGCCAGUGCAAGCCCUUGAUUAGCAUACCUGAAACCGCCAAGUCAGGUGACGAAAGCAGGGGUUAUCACUGUAUCUCUGACACAAACCUAACCCCUAACCCCAACCCCUCCAAACCUAACCCUUACCCUAAACAUUUUAUUUCUCAGCUAUACUAUUUACAUUUGAAAAAGGGCAAAAUCAAUAUUUUAUCUAAGAAAUUUAAAUUACAAAACUCAUAAAACACAAUGUAUGAAUAAAUAAAUACACAAAAACAUUAUGAGAGGUUUACUUGUUAUAUUUCUUCGUUUUAAUUUUUUUUUCAUGCUUUUUUUGUACUAAUCUGCAUUUUGUUUCUCGGUCUUAACACCAAGAUUCAAGAUGUUUAUUGUCACAAGAUUUAUGUACAAGUCCAUUGCACCGUGAAAAGCUUAGGUUGGGGUGCUCCAUAGAAUCAAAACAAUAAAUAAGUAACAGUGCUAUACUUUUCUAAAAAAACAAAUAAAAGAGCCAGAGACAGUACACAAGGCCAUGACACCAUAGAAAGUUCAUUUCGUAGACUUAUUUAAAAGUCUUACAGCCUGGGGAAGGAAACUGUUCUUCAGUCUACUUGUGCUUGCAACGUUCGUUGUACAGAUCCUCCAAACUGGGCAGCUGACAUCCAGUGAUGAGCUCGGCUGUGCGCACCACCCUUCUUAGGGCCUUAUGGUCCUUGUCUGUACAGCUCCCGUACCAGCUGGUGAAGCUGCUGGUCAGCAGACUCUCAAUUUUCCUUCGAUCGAAGGCCUUGAUGGUGGUGGUGAGGGCGGCAGUAGCUCAGGAGGUAGAGCGGUCGUCCAAUAACUGGAAGGUUGGCGGUCCGAUCCCCCCUAUUCCAAGUCUGUCCGUUGUGUCCUUGGGCAAGAUACUUAACCCACCUUGCUCCCAGUGUGUGUCCUCUACUGGUGUAUGAUUGUGAGUGUUGUGUGGUGUUGGUCGGAGAGGCUGUAGGCACAAAAUGGCAGCCACGUUUCCGUCAGCCUGCCCCAGGGCAGCUGUGACUACUAAGGUAGUUUACCACCACCGAGGUGUGACUGUGUGAGCGAAUGAAUGAUGUAUCCAAUGUAAAGCGCUUUGAGGGUCUCUGAUAAAGCGCUAUAUGAAAUCUGAUGCAUUAUUAUUAUUAUUAUUGGACUCAGUCCAAACUUCUUGAGACGCCUGAGUCCAUAUAGACGCUGCUGGGCCUUGGAGACCACCCCGCAUGCAUGUUCCUCCAUUUCAUCUUCUCAUCAACCACACCACAAUAAAUUCUGUAAUAAAAUGUCCAGAAAGGCAAAAAACAAAAAAAAACAAAAAAAAAAAAACUUUCGAAAAACAGCUUAACCCCUUUGGACCCCACAUCCAUUGCUAUGGACAUGACAUAUUUCUGGCUCUAAACCAAUGAAAACUCUGUGAACUAGUGAUGUCAGAAGUGCCGGUUCCUGGUUGGAUCCUGAUUAUCCAAUUACAAUCAAGUCAUGACUUUGUGCAUGCUCAGAGGGAGUGCCAGACAUCGGGCAACACAGGCAUGCCUAAGCAACUGGAGAAAGGGAGGAGUAAGUGCUCAUUUUCAUUAAGAAAUAGGAAUUUAUGUUUAAGCUAGCCAAACAAAUUUGCUCUCAGUAUAAUUUCAAGUGUUGCAAGUGAUAGUAUUUCAAGUCAUCUUGACUAUAUCUCAUAUCAUUAAUUUCUAGGAUUUUUUCAAAUUAUGAUGUCCAUUGCAAUGGACAUCAGGAGUUAGGCAAAGUUAGCCAACACUUACUCACUACUAGUGUCAGUAUGCAAAGAAACAAAAUACCUAUAAGCUUUUUAAAGGUAAAGUAUGAUGUCUCAGUUUAUUUGUUGAUGUUUAUAAAUUUUAUAUGGAUAUAUUUUUUGUACAUAAUGUUCUUGUGGAGUAUAAAGUCGAAGACUCCCUUGAACGUUUGGUAGAUGGAGAGUUAUCCGAACUUGACUCCUUGAUUUAGGAAAUGAGGCAGAUGAGACUGGGAGUGAGAUAGUUGGCAAGCUCAGAAUUGUUUUUAAUUCAUAGUAUGAGGUUUUCAUAGUUUUUUUUAACUCAUAUGUAAGAUCUAAAUUACAUGGAGUGCAUGAGUUCAACAGUGGUAAUACAUAAAAUGAGUUUAAAAUGUGAUUGUUUUUUUUAUUUAAAAAUAAUAAUUUUAUUUUUAACUUGGUUAGAGUUAGGGUUAGGGGGUAAAUGGGGCAUGACCCCACCUGGUAUUGUGGAUUAGUGCCACUGUAGUUGGUACAGUACAGUGUUUUUUCGCCUAGCCCGCUCCCUAUAGAAGAAGGGAGACAUUCCCCUCACCUAACCCUCAUCCCUAACCCUAACCCUUCCCCUAACAUAAACCCCCUAACCCUAACAACCCUUACCCAGGGCUAACCCUAACCCUUACCCUAGGUGGUUAAUAAAUAAAUAUAAUUAUGAUGAUCCUGUUGAAAAGUGACACUAGAUUUGGUAGAUCAGGGGCUGGCUGGUUCACCCUCAAAAUCAAACUCUAUAUUCACAUUCGGAAAUCACUGCGUGUUAUUGGACGAGCACUUCAGUUUGAUGUGACCGAUCACUGUCCUUUAAACCACUUUUAUGUUUUCCCACUGCCAAAUGAAAAGUAUCUGUAAGUUCAUAUCUUUAUUCUAUUCCUGUAUCCUGAUAGAUUAUUAUGGGAACUUGGUUUUGUAUUAGAGGUUUACUUGUUAUAUUUUUUCGUUGUCAUUUUUUCUUUUCAUGCGUUUUUUUACUAAUCUGCAUUUUGUUGCUCAGGCUUAACACCACAAUAAAUUCUGUAAUAAAAUGUCCAGAAAGGCCAAAAAAAAAAAAAUCAGUUAAACAGUUUAAAACACAGUUAAUUUUAUUUUUAUUUUAUUACCUUUUUAUGAAGACAAUCAGGUUUUUCUUUAUGAAAGUUAAAAAUGUAUGGAUAAGUUUCCUUUUAUUUUACAGUUAAGUUUCCUUUUAUAGGAAAAUAAUCAGUAUUUUAUUUUAUUUCAUUUAAGAAAGAAAAAAUAUAUUACAAAAAAACUAUAUUUCAUCAAAGCCACUCAAAUAUGAGUGGCUAUCAAUAUGGCUGGACGGAAGUACGCUAUGGCCAAAGAGGCCAGCGCUUCCACCAGCUCUUUUAGGACCGUAGGGGUGUCUCCGGCUGGGGAGACCUAUGGCAGACGGGAGACAUUCCCCUCACCUAACCCUUAACCUCCUCCUUCUGAACCUACACAUCUGCUCCUCAAAACAAAAGAAAAAAAAAAAAAAGAAAAAAUGAAUGGAUACUGUAUUUGAUUUACAUAACUUGUCUGCAUUACUGAUACAUGUGUAAACCUCACUAUCAUUAGGAUCCAUGUUUGUUAGGACGGAAUUUGGGAAACUGAGAAAAUGCCCAUUUAUUUUUUUUGUUUCGUUAGUUAAUGUAAGUAAAAUAACUUUUAGACCAGUUGCCUUUUAAAAAGAACAUCUCACCAGCUGUAUCUGACAAGCCCAGACUCACUAAUUCACUGUGCCAAAGCCAGAAAAAGACCCAGAGCAGUCGAAGUGUCACGCGUGGGCACAUUUCUCAUACUUCUUUUCUUUUCUUUUUUCCUUACUUUUAUUUAACUUAUUUCAGUUUUAUUUCAGAAAUAACACAAAAAGUCCUAAAAAAAACAAUAAAGACAAAUUCUUUAUUUUGUUAUUUUAUUUAAAAAGGUUACAAAAUCAUGAGCUACGCUCAAGAGCAAUGGACUGAGGUAUGGUACGGGAGGGGGGAUGGUCGCCCCCGGUACUGUACCAACUACAGUGGCACUAAUCCACAAUACCAGGUGGGGUCAUGCCCCAUUUACCCCCUAACCCUAACUCUAACCAAGUUAAAAAUAAAAUUAUUAUUUUUAAAUAAAAAAAACAAAUUCAUUUACAAAUAAAUAGAUUUCAUAUAGAUUAUCAUUAUAUACACUUUAGUAAAAGGUAUUUCAAGCUAGUUUAACUUACAAAUGAAAGUUAAGUCAAUGAAAAGACUUGUUUUGUUUCAAGUUAGUUCACGUAGUUGAGUUAACUGCAAUAUCAUAGUUCCCUUAACAUUCCAAGCCAAGUUAUGACUGAUGAUCAACUUUUGAAACCUUGUUAUAUUUCAAGUAAAAUCAAAGAACUGUUGUAAAUUGUUAGUGAAAGUAAAAUCUCGUACAAAUUUAAAUGAUAUGUAUUUCUUUGUAGUUUUAGCCCUCAAUUUGAAGUUGAUUUUACGUUCAACUAAAGGAGACACAUUUAUAUUACUUGCUAUCACAAGUUUGGAUGAUUUCAAGUUCUAAUUUGUUUAAACUUUGCUGUGCAAGUUAUUUAUGUGAUAAUUCUAAAACUCAGAAUGAAUUCUUACACAUCUUCCAUUCUAAAUAUACAUUUAUUAUUGACAAUAUUCUUGACAAUUUUGAUAUUCUCAGCAGAACAGUAAACAUUUUGUGCACUGGAAAAAUGCUACAAACAUCUACAGAAGUUAACCACACUACAAACGACCGGUGCAAUCACAGACUGUGGCUUCGGUAGUGACCAAAGGCAAACAUCAGGCAGAUCAACCAGAAUAAGAGAAUACUUCAAUAAAUGUACAUGCCACAAAAACAAUAACAGUGUAACUGUCAUGACCCGGCUCAAAGGCCAUGAAAAAGAUUGCGAGGCGUACAGGUUUAAACUUAAAACGAAAGAUUUAUAAACAACCAAGAUUAAUUAAAUUAUUGAAUACCCAAGAAAAGAACUAAACUAACAAAGCUUCUAAACUAAAACAGAACAUUGUGCCACGAGGAUCACUGCCGUGGUGCACAGCAGAGGAGGGAGAAAGACACUGGUACUUAAUGAGGGCUUUUAACACCUGGUGGAAUGGCCAGAUCCACGCCGGUGUGGCUAAGCCCACUCACCAACCUGCCAGGGAGAGAGAAAAGACAAAAGAACAACAGCAAACCCUGGAGGCCGGAGGCCGUCACAGGCAGGAGGCCGUCACAGUAACAAUACUGCAAUAUCUCAGCACUUUUUUAAACUGACAGUCACCAACUUAUAAACAUCCACACAAGUUAACCACACUACAAACUACCAGUGCAAUUGCAGACUGUCGCUUCAGCAGUGACCCAAGGCAAACAUCAGGCAGAUCAACCAGCAUAAGAGAAUACUUCAAUAAAUGUACAUAUCACAAAAACAAUAACAGUGUAACAUUACUACAAUAUCUCAGCACAACUUAAAACUGACAGUCACCAACCUUAUUUUGAUGAACAAACUUUGCAUAAAACACUGUCGGGGUUUCAAUUAACACAAUCCUCUGAGCCAGUAAUUCACAGAAUCCCCAUAUUUAUAGCCUUUACCUGAGCAGUUUGUUUCUGAACCCAUGGAUUCUUGCUUAGCACUGGUCUGGCUGGAUUUUCAUGAUGACCCUCUGCAAAAACUCAAAGAAGUACUUCAUCUCAUGAGGGUACUCCAGGUUAAGACAGUAGAUGGUUGCCAUUAAUAUGGCAAGGACUGUAGGUACAUCUUGGAGGUUAUGCAGGAUGAUGGUCUCCUCAACUACCACUGUCACAUUGAAGAGUUGACGAGGAAAUGCUUCAUGCAUAACACCUUCAUGUCCGAUUAAAAGUCCAACCAGCAUCCCUUUCAUUAGCACGUCCAGGGUUUUCACGUGGACCUGAAAGAUUCAACCAUAUAUAUAUAUAUAUUACUUUUUUAAUUUUACAGUUAAACCAUGAUUGGAUUUUGAGUAAAUAAAUGUACAGAUUUCAUUUCAAAAUUACCAGUGUUUAAAUGUUUAAAAAAAUACUCAUCAUACAAUAAAAUAAGUCUUAGGUUCCCAGAGGAAAAAUUUACUGCUCAAAGCUUGCUCUUCUGUAGCUCCGGAGACCAAUUUGAGAUUCUCAUCUCAGCCUAAUUUUAGUUUCUAUUUUGACUCAAAUGUUUCUCACAUGUUUCUCCUAAAAUUCACUAGGAGCAAUAGGUGAGACAGAGUAAUUAAAGGGAGUCAUACUUGAGACUUAAGGGAGAUACCUUGCUAAUCUCAAUUCAGUGUUUUUAAUGGCUCCUUAAUUUCUCCUUGGAGAAGAAAGAGCAAUACUAGAGCUACUAUGGAGAAAUAUGGCGCACAUGCACUCACGCACGCACACACAUGCACACAUUAUAUAUAUUUAUAUAUACACAUACAUACAUACACACACAAACACAAAUACACACACCAACGGCUGUCAGGCUUUAUAAUUCUAUAGCAAAUGAGCUGACAGACAAAUUGAUUUCCCUUUUGCAAUGAGUAAUCUGAAUCUUUAUUCAAAGUAUAGUAGUAAGAGUAUUUUCAGUAUUUCAAGUAGCUGUAAUAACAUUAACAAUACAGGUUGCAUUUGUAAACACAGGCUUUUUUUGAACAUGGUCGUUUCAACAAAUGUCUAUCAGUAUGCCACAUCCAAUACUUUACAGUGUUGUGGCCCUGAUGCUGUGUUUCAAGUAGCUGUAAUGAUAACAUAACUUUACAGUGCACAUUGCACAAUAUUUAACAACUCUAAAGGGAUAGUUCACCCAAAAUUGAAAUUGUGCACUGUAAAGUUAUGUUAUCAUUACAGCUACUUGGAAAAAAAACCUUUGCGAAGUUCAGGCUCUUUCGUGAUGACCAGUCAAUGUUCCUGGCGUUAAUAGACACAGCCAUUGACUCCAUUGAGCUGCCAAAUGGGUGGCUGUUCUGAGGACAGUGGGACAGCUUGGUGGGCAGGAGUCAAAGCUCAUCAGGCUCCUGGACAUCCUCUCCUCCAUGGACCACAUCAGGUCCUUGUCUGUUCAUGCAGCAUGUUCCAUCUGGCAUGUUGACACAGAUGUGGACCUGAUGUGGUCAAGAUGGUGGAUUAAUAAGAUGGCUGGUUCAAGGGGAAACGUCUUCAGCAACCUGUCCAUCCACGAGGCGGCUAACUACCAGUCAAAUUUGGACGGGAAGCCCAUGGAUGUGAACCACAACCUGUGGUCUUUGUUUAAAGUUGGAAAUGUUAGUCCAAGACUCAACUUCCUCCAACUUUAUUGCGACUGCCCACACAAACCACAAUUCCCAUUUUACAAGGGAGGGGGGGGGGGGGCGUUCAUACCCCACUCCCUGUGGGAGAUGGGAGACAAUCCCCUCACCUAACCCCCUAACCCUAAAAUUUAAAAAUCUAAAAAAUGCACAUGAUAAUAUUAAAAAACUAAGAAAUUCAUUAUAAUUAUUCGCCGGAGACUAUAAAAGGGGAGAAGUGGGUAGGGCUUAUUCAUUUUCAUUUAGACGCUUGAGGAGAGAAGACCACAUAAUAUUCAGACAGCAGUUUAUUUUUUCAUUAUCUAACCAGCAUUUUCUUUUUGUUUUAUUACCGUGUGCCGGACCUGAGGAAGACCUACAAGAGGUCGAAACAUUUAUAAAAGCAACAAAACAUUAUGUUGAGCUUGUGUUUGUAAAGUUGCAUACGUUUUAUGGCUAGAAAAUAAAUAUUGUUCAUUAACUUAAAAAAAAAAAAAGUCUUGGGCACACAUAUAUUUUUGUAAAUAGUUCAUUUAUUUUUGAAAAAAAGUUUAAUUCAUUCAUUCAUUUAUCAAUAAGUUUAUGUUGUAUUUGUUAUUAUUGCAUAGUAAAGGGUAGAGAUGCACCGAUAAAUCGGCCGCCAAUUUAAAAAGCCGGUUUUGUAUCCAACCGGCCCCAACCGGUGACCGGCCGGUCAUAAUUUGCCGGUUUUCCCUGAGCAAACUGAUCCGCUUGCGCAUGCGCGGUGCAUAUCAGCUCAGCUAAAAGCUAGCAAGACUCGUGAAGAAACAUGUCGGUAAUAUGGACUCAUUUCACUGUGUGCCAGAGCGACCCAAAACACGCAGUUUGUAAUGCUUGCAAGUCUAUAGUCAGCCGUGGAGGAUCAACGCGCAAGACAUUUGGAACAACAAACUUAAUACACUUAGAAAAGAAGCACCCAGGCGUGUUUAGCAAGUAUAAGGACGACACUGCCGCUAAGAGGAGGGAUGCAGCAGAGUCGCAGCGACCACAACAACCCUCCGCCGUGGCUCCUAUAUUGGACACCAACACUGAAAAGUCAAAAGCCACAACCAGGAAAAUAAUGGAGUUCAUGGCACUGGACGACCAGCCGUUUAGCGUAGUACAGGAUAAAGGCUUCGUAAAUCUGAGGCAACACCUAAGUCCACGGUACAAAUUACCCAGUCGGCGGUAUUUUUCUGACACAGCGCUGCCAGAGUUGUUUGAGAGAGUUUCAAGCCACAUACACAAACUGCUGGACGCCACUAAAUCCCCGGUCAGUUUCACAACUGACAUUUGGACUUCUAACAUUAGCUUAAUGUCAAUGUUGAGCCUGACUGCUCAGUGGCUGGAUGAAGAGUUUGAGCUACAUCAAGUCCUUCUACACUGUGAAGAAUGCCCCCGGUCCCACACCGCCGACAAUCUAAGAGCCAAAUUUGAAAAAAUGUUGGCGCAGUGGAAAAUCGACAAGAAGAGGGUUCAUGUCGUGUUACGUGACAACGCUCGGAAUAUGACCAAAGCACUGGAUGAUGGCAACUUCCCCAGUCUCCCGUGUAUGGCACAUACACUCCAGUUAGCGGUGAGUGAGGGACUGCAGUCUCAACGCACUAUCACUGACGCUGUGGCAACAGGCCGGAGAAUAGUCAUGCACUUCAAACACUCAUCGCUAGUCUAUUCAAAACACGCUAUCCAGGAGGAGUUGGGUCAACCCACGAAGCGCUUGCAACAAGAUGUCCCGACGAGGUGGAACAGCACAUUUUAUAUGUUGCAGUCGCUGUUGGAACAGAAACGUGCCCUGGGCUUAUACGCAACAGAACACGAGCUCCCGGCCGUACUCACCACAAAUCAGUGGGGUUUAAUUAAAAAUGUGGUGAGCAUCCUUGAACCUUUUGAGGAACUAAGACAAUUAGCGCCUCGUCAGCCACCGCCGCAGUUGUCAUCCCUGAAAUCACUGCACUGAAGCGCCUUUUGGGGAGGGCAGCAGACACAGACCGUGGUGUGGGCACUGCCAAAGCCACGCUGUUGGAAACGGUUCAGAGAAGGUUUGCAGACAUCGAGAAGAAUCCACUGUACGCUGUGGCCACUACUCUGGAUCCCAGGCAAGUUAUAACUUACUGCUAAUAAUGUUUAUUAGCCCACUACUAUUCUUAAAUGAAUAAGCAUUUGCUACUGAGCUAUAGGCUAAUGUGUUUGCAAGGGUAUAUAAAAACAUGAAAUUAAUUAAAACAAAAUAAUGUAUUCUUUGUUGGCCUUUUAGUGCCUGCUUGUGUAUGUGCAGUAUGCACAACAUUUAUAUAUUGCCCAGCUAAUGUGGCUAUUCUUUUUGUCUGUUGAUACAGAUACAAAACCUGCUACUUCUCAGCAGAAGUAAAGGAUGAAGUGAAAAGGGUGCUUCUGCACAUGCUGGACACAGCGGACACCAGUGCCAGCAGACCCACACCUGAUCAGCCUUCUGUGAAACUUCUAGCCAAAAGGGCAAGUCUACUGCUUUCGGUGCAUGAUGAGAUACUGAAGGAGGGUGCAAGCAAUGAGGAAGAGCAACUGCUGUGCAGCCCUUCAUCUGUGCAGUUACAUCGUUACCUGUCCGAGUUGCCCAUCAAGAGAUCUGAAGAUGAAACUGUAAAUGAUGUACUGAGAUACUGGCACGAUAACAAAACACACUACCCUGCACUUGCCCCACUUGCCCAAGCCUACCUCUCUGCUCCAUGUACAAGCAUCGGUAGUGAGCGCUUGUUUAGCUUGGCUAGUAAUGUCAUAGAUGAGAAAAGAAACAGGCUUUCUGGUGAGAAGGCAGAGAUGCUUCUGUUUGUGAAGAACCUGCCAUUGAUGGUUAAGUGAUUUCAUUGGGAGUGGGACGGAGUACUUUGUUCACAACCUAAAGCUACCUGUUUGUAUUAAUGUCUUUUUUUAUCCCAUAUUAUGAUGCACUUUUUUAUUUAGAGAUGUCAAGAGAGGCCAAAGGCCUGAAAUGUGGUGCAGUUUACUUUGAGAACCAGUUUUCACUUUCAAGUGCAUAUAGUGCACUUUAUCUUUUGUUUGUAUUAGUAUUUUAGUUUUAUCCUAUAUUAUAUGCUGCACUUUUUAUUUUGAAAUAUUAAAAGAGGUGGUGCAAUCUACUUUAGCACCAGCUUUAAUUUUCGAGUACAACGAUUUCAUUGCACUUAAUUUUUUUUAGAUGGAGUUCAAGUUUUAACUUGCAACACAACUUAAGUUGCAGCAACUGCUGCUUGUGUUUAGGUGUUAUUGAAAGCCUGCAAUAUAUUGAAUGUGAUGUGACAUUCCAGUGUCAAGUCAACUAUUCCAGUGUUUCUCAAAUGGAGGUACAAGUACACCUAGGGGUACCCAGAGGUACUGGAGGGGCAGGCAAUAAAUUACAUUGUACCAGGCAAAUGCUGGGACGUUUUUGAAUUUUGUUUGAAUGUAAGUUCUGUAAACUGGACUGAAUUUUAUGGUCAGUGUUGAAAAUAAAUCUGCUCAGGAGACACUGUUGAAACUCUCACUCUAUUUCUUAUUUGUGAGGUUUUAUUCUUGAAAAGAGGGGUUAUGAUCGCAUAUAGCCUACCAUUAGUUGUGGUUUUAAUUGCAGUUAUAUACGCAAAAUGUUGUCUGGGAGAGGGGUACUUGUAUUAAAUUUGAGAAAGGGUACUCAAGCCAAACAAAUAUAGUGUCUAUUAUAUGAUUAGAAUUAUUUCUUAGAUAAAAAAUCGGUAUCGGAAAAAACGGUUUUGGCAAGUCAGACCUCCUUUUAAACCGGAAAUCGGUAUCGGCCAAGAAUUUUGCAAUCGGUGCAUCUCUAGUAAAGGGUUAAAAGUAUAAAUGGCAGUUCAGGGGUUAAAAUUUAAAAUGUAAAAAGGGUUCAAAAUAAAACUAGAAAAAUAAAUUCAUUAGUAUUUUUCACCAGACACUAUAUGAGGGGAAAAGUGGGCAGGGUUAAUUCAUUUCUAUUUUAGCUUGGAGAGAGAACAUCACAAAUAUAUUCAGCCAGCAGCUUUUUAUUUUCCAUUAUCCAGCCAGCGUUUUUAGUUUCUGACCGUGUGCCUGACCUGAGGAAAACCCAGCAGGGUCGAAACGUUGUCACGGGCACACAAUUUUAUUUGUUAAUAGUUAUUUUUUUGGAAAAAAAGUUAAAAAACAACAAAAAAACUUUAAAAACAUUUAAAAACUCUAUAAAAACUUUAAAAACAUUUAAAAACAGUUUAAAAUAGUUUAUUUUUUUAUUUAAGAAAACAAUCAGAUUUUUAUUUAAGGAAGUUUACAAUCAAAGAUAAGUUUCCUUUUGUUUUACAAUUAGGUUUCCUUUUAUUGGAAAAAAUCAAGAAUUUAUUUUAUUUUCCAGCAAACAAAUUUACAUAUAUAUAAAAACAAACAUUACAAGUAACAUAGCCACGCCAACAUGAGUGGCUACCAACAUGGCUGGACGAAAGUCCGCUACGGCCGAAAGGGCCAGCACUUCCGCCAGCCCUUUUGGGACCAGAGGGGCGUGUCCGGUUGGGGGAAGGCCAGUGCCUACCCCGCUCCCUAUGGGAGACGGGAGACAGUUCCCUCACCUAACCAUAACCCCCCUAACCCUUAACCCUAACCCUAGCCCUUACCCUAAGACAAAUUUAAAAUUAAAUUAAAUUUUUAAUAAAUUAAUUAAUUUAUCAAUAAAUAUAUGUUGUAUUGUUUAUCAUUACAUAGUAAAGGGUUAAAAGUAUAAAUGGCAGUUCAGGGGAUACAAUUUAAAAUCUAAAAACAGUACAAAAUAAAAAUAGAAAAUUAAGAAAUUCAUUAGUAUUUUUCACCAGAGGCUAUAAAAAGGGAAAAGUGGGCAGGGUAUAUUCAUUUCUGUUUAAAUGCUUGGAGGGAGAACAUCAUAAUAAUAUUCACAGCAGCUUUUUGUUUUUCCAUUAUCCAGCCAGCGUUUUUUUUGGGUUCUUACCAUGUGCCUGACCUGAAGAAGACCCACCAGGGUCGAAACGUUGUCACGGGCACACAAUUUUAUUUGUUAAUAGUUCAUUUUUUUGAAAAAAAAGUUAAAAAAGAACAAAAAAAUUUAAAAACUCUAUAAAAACUUUAAAAACAUUUAAAAACAGUCUAAAAUACAGUUUAUUUUUACUUUUUCUAAGAAAACAAUCAGAAUUUUAUUUAAGAAAGUUUAAAAUCAAAGAUAAGUUUCCUUUUAAUUUACAGCUAGGUUUCCUUUCAUUGAAAAAAAAUCAGCAAUUUAUUUUAUUUUUGAACAAACAAAUAUUUAUUAAAUAAAAACAAAUACUAUAAUUAACAAAGCCACUCCAACAUGAGUGGCUACCAACAUGGCUGGACGGAGGUCCGCUACGGCCGAAGGGGCCAGCGCUUCCGCCAGCCCUUUUGGGACCGGAGGGGCGUGUCCGGUUGGGGGACCUCCCUGGAUCACGCUUGGGAUAUUGAUGGGGUAAUUGUAGAGGUCACCAGAUUCACCGCUUUAAAAGGCACCCAUGCCCUACAUCUACCUACCUACUUCUCACCACAGCUUUCUGGCUAACGCCUGGUUCACACAGGAAGCGCCGCGCGCGGAACGGAAGUGCCGCGCACAGAGUUUCGGAUCGGCGCCCAUGUUAACCUAUGAGACUGUUCGCGGCGCUUCCGCGCACGGAAAGGCUUGCGCUCUGGAGCGCCAAUUGUAA